UGACAUCAUCAGAGGUCCUUUAGCUGGCUAGGAAAUAGCAUCUACCUUCCUGUCAUAGAGCCGGGAGGAGGUUUGCGCCUCCAGCUGCAGCUAUGGGGGAGGCGGACAAGUUCUACUAUGUGUACAGCUGCGACCUGGACAUCAGUGUACAGCUCAAGAUAGGCAGCCUGGAAGGGAAGCGAGAGCAGCGGAGCUACAAGGCCGUGCUGGAGGACCCCAUGCUGAAGUUCUCUGGGCUCUACCAGGAGACGUGUUCUGAUUUGUAUGUUACCUGUCAGGUCUAUGCAGAAGGGAAACCUUUAGCCCUUCCUGUACGGACGUCAUACAAAGCUUUCAGCACCCGGUGGAACUGGAAUGAAUGGCUGAAGCUUCCGGUGAAAUAUGCUGACCUGCCUAGAACUGCACAAGUGGCUCUUACUAUAUGGGAUGUCUAUGGACCUGGAAAAGCAGUUCCUGUGGGGGGAACAACAGUGUCUCUGUUUGGGAAGUACGGAAUGUUUCGGCAAGGGAUGCAUGACUUAAAGGUGUGGCCAAAUAUUGAAGCCGAUGGAUCAGAGCCAACCAAAACCCCAGGACGAACGAGCAGCUCUUUAUCUGAAGAUCAGAUGAGUAGAUUGGCCAAGCUCACCAAGGCUCACCGGCAAGGUCACAUGGUGAAAGUGGACUGGCUGGAUCGAUUGACUUUCCGAGAGAUUGAAAUGAUCAAUGAGAGUGAAAAACGCAGUUCCAAUUUUAUGUAUCUGAUGGUGGAAUUUCCCUGUGUAAAGAGCGACGACAAGGAAUAUGGAAUUGUUUACUACGAAAAGGACGGGGAUGAGUCCACUUCAAUUUCCACCAGUGCUGAGAUAGUACGUGUUCCAGAUCCUCAGAUGUCUAUGGAAAAUCUGGUGGAGAGCAAACACCACAAACUUGCUAGAAGCCUAAGAAGUGGCCCCUCGGAUCAUGAUCUGAAGCCAAAUGCUGCUACACGGGAUCAGCUCAAUAUCAUUGUCAGCUACCCCCCGACCAAACAGCUGACAUCAGAGGUACAGGACCUGGUGUGGAAGUUCAGAUACUACCUUACAAACCAGGAGAAGGCAUUAACAAAGUUCCUGAAAUGUGUCAACUGGGAUUUACCUCAAGAAGCCAAACAAGCUCUGGAACUGUUGGGGAAAUGGAAACCGAUGGAUGUUGAAGACUCAUUGGAGCUUUUGUCUUCUCAGUUUACCAACCCAACAGUGCGACGUUACGCUGUAGCUCGACUUCAGCAGGCAGAUGAUGAGGAUCUGUUAAUGUACUUGUUACAGUUAGUUCAAGCUCUGAAAUAUGAAAACUUUGAGGAUAUAAAGAACGGAUUAGAACCAACAAAGAAGGACAGCCAGGGCACAAUGCUUGACAGCAUGCUGACCUCAGGAGCAAACCCCGGAGACAUUGACAGUUCACAGAUUAUUUCUAGUACGCACCCAUCAUCUCCAGCACCUACUAAGACCAAAGAUGGAGGAGAAGCUGAAAAUCUGGAGCAAGAUCUCUGCACAUUCCUCAUCUCCAGAGCUUGUAAAAACUCCACCCUGGCCAACUACUUAUAUUGGUAUGUUAUUGUGGAAUGUGAAGACCAGGACACCGAGUUGAGGGAUCAUAAGACCCAUGAAAUGUACCUAAAUGUCAUGAGACGCUUCAGUCAGGCACUUCUAAAGGGCGAUAAGUCUGUCAGAGUGAUGCGCUCGCUGCUGGCGACACAGCAAACCUUUGUAGAAAGACUGGUUAAUCUCAUGAAAGCAGUGCAGCGUGAAAGUGGCAACCGCAAAAAAAAGAAUGAGAGGCUUCAGGCCUUACUAGCAGACAAUGAGAAGAUGAACCUUUCAGAGAUCGAGCCCAUUCCUCUGCCUCUAGAGCCUCAGGUGAAGAUUCGGGGGAUCAUCCCAGAGAAGGCUUCUCUGUUCAAGAGUGCUCUCAUGCCGGCAAAAUUGUAUUUCAAGACUGAGGACGGAGGGAAAUAUCCAGUGAUAUUCAAAAAUGGAGACGACCUGCGUCAGGACCAGCUUAUCCUGCAGAUCAUUUCACUAAUGGAUAAGCUUUUACGGAAAGAAAAUCUGGAUCUGAAGUUAACACCUUACAAGGUUCUGGCAACAAGCACAAAGCAUGGAUUCAUGCAGUUUAUACAGUCAGUGCCUGUUGCUGAAGUGCUUGCCACUGAGGGAAGUAUACAGAACUUUUUUAGAAAACAUGCGCCAAGUGACAAAGGUCCAUAUGGAAUCAGCGCAGAGGUGAUGGACACUUAUGUAAAAAGCUGUGCUGGAUACUGCGUCAUUACAUACAUUCUUGGCGUUGGAGACAGACAUCUGGACAACCUCUUGUUAACCAAGACAGGGAAAUUAUUCCACAUUGAUUUUGGUUACAUCCUGGGAAGAGACCCCAAGCCUCUGCCACCACCUAUGAAGCUGAACAAAGAGAUGGUGGAAGGAAUGGGAGGAACCCAGAGUGAGCAGUACCAGGCUUUCCGCAAACAGUGUUACACCGCAUUCCUACACCUGCGCAGGUAUUCCAACUUGAUCCUAAAUCUUUUCUCCCUGAUGGUUGAUGCCAACAUACCGUGUCAAUUAUUCAUGCUCUGCGGGAUGUUCGGAGAACUUGUCCCCAGCAAAUCACCCUGUCACUUCUCGUCCCCUCCUGCUCUCCUCAGAAAUAUCGCCUUUGAAGGUGCCGACACAGAUUUACAUAUUCAACACCAGGUGCAGGAUAAAUUUAGAUUGGAUCUGUCUGACGAGGAAGCCGUGCAUUACAUGCAGACGCUCAUCGAUGACAGCGUCAACGCGCUCUUUGCAGCUGUGGUAGAACAAAUACACAAGUUUGCUCAGGUACUUGGCAAAACUUGA